CGCUGUCACUGCCGUGCCGAAUCGGCUGAUCUCAGUUUAAGAGAGGGACAACUGGGGAGGCGUUUCUUAAGUCGGCUCUUUUUAACGUGUACAUAGUUAUUUGCAUUUUAUUUGUCUUGGAAACCCUGUCGGGCUCCAAAGGCAAUGGGUUCCCAGCUCUUCUAGAGCGCGACCGCAGCAGCCUUUCCCGUGUCGAAUCUGGCGCUCUGAACGUCUAGGCUUCGCGGCGGCCCGGAACCUGGAAGGGGCGGGGUGGGCAGCUCUGGAGUUUAAUUACGUGCCGGGGAAGCACGGCCCUUUGGACUUUGGCGUCGGAAGGAAGGCUUAAAGUCGGCGGAAGCGUGUGUGGCGCAGGUCCGGGCUGGCCGGGCCCGGCUCUGAGGCAAGAGGGCGGCGCACUCUGGUCCGACUCGCGCCCUCGGCCCGGGAGCCCUUGGGAGCUCGGGUAACAUGGCGGCCCCCGGAGCGCGAGGCGCGAGCCUCUCGGGCUUGUUGCCCGCGCAGACCUCGCUCGAGUACGCCCUGCUGGACGCCGUCACCCAGCAGGAGAAGGAUGAGCUGGUCUACCAGUAUCUGCAGAAGGUGGACGGCUGGGAGCAGGACCUAGCGGUGCCCGAGUUUCCGGAAGGAUUAGAAUGGCUGAACACAGAAGAGCCGCUUUCUAUUUACAAGGACCUAUGUGGAAAAGUGGUUAUUCUUGAUUUCUUCACCUACUGCUGCAUUAACUGUAUUCAUGUGUUGCCUGAUCUCCACGCCCUGGAGCGCAGAUUCUCUGAUAAAGAUGGCCUUCUGAUUGUUGGUGUUCACUCAGCUAAGUUUCCAAAUGAAAAGGUCCUGGACAAUAUCAAGAGUGCUGUCCUUCGAUACAACAUCUCCCACCCUGUGGUUAAUGACACAGAUGCCAGCCUUUGGCAGGAGCUUGAAGUCUCUUGCUGGCCAACACUGGUCAUACUGGGACCCCGUGGAAACCUGCUGUUUUCUUUGAUUGGAGAGGGAAACAAAGAUAAACUAUUUUCAUAUACAUCUAUCACUUUAAAGUAUUACAAAGACAAAGGACAGAUCAGAGAUGGAAAAAUUGGAAUAAAACUCUUUAAAGAGUCUCUGCCGCCUUCACCAUUGCUGUUCCCUGGCAAAGUAGCAACAGACCAUGCUACUGGCCGACUGGUAGUAGCAGACACCGGGCACCACAGGAUCUUGGUCGUCCAGAAGAAUGGGCAGAUUCAGUACAGCAUUGGAGGACCGAAUCCUGGAAGGAAAGAUGGGAUGUUUUCAGAGUCGUCUUUUAAUUCUCCACAGGGUGUAGCUAUAGCAGGUAAUGCCAUCUAUGUGGCCGACACUGAAAACCAUCUUAUAAGAAAGAUAGACCUAGAAGCUGAGAAGGUGACCACUGUAGCUGGAGUCGGUGUUCAAGGAACAGAUACAGAAGGGGGUGAGGAGGGAGACAAGCAGCCCAUCAGCUCCCCGUGGGAUGUUGCGCUUGGCACCUCAGGGUCAGAGGUCCAAAGAAAUGACAUUCUGUGGAUAGCCAUGGCGGGGACUCAUCAGAUAUGGGCACUCCUCCUGGACUCUGGCACACUGCCAAAGAAAAGUGACCUAAAAAAAGGAACCUGCCUUCGUUUUGCUGGAAGUGGAAAUGAAGAGAACCGAAAUAACGCAUAUCCCCACAAGGCAGGCUUUGCCCAGCCCUCAGGCCUCGCUCUCGCCUCAGAAGAGCCCUGGAACUGCCUCUUUGUAGCGGACAGCGAGAGCAGCACUGUGAGGACCGUCUCGCUGAGAGAUGGAGCCGUGAAGCACCUUGUAGGCGGAGAGCGAGACCCCAUGAAUUUGUUUGCUUUUGGUGAUGUGGAUGGAGUAGGCAUCAAUGCGAAGCUUCAGCACCCACUCGGGGUUGCCUGGGACAAGGAGCAGGGUCUGCUCUAUGUGGCAGACUCCUAUAAUCACAAGAUUAAAGUUGUGGAUCCAGAUACAAAAGGCUGUACAACGCUAGCAGGGACUGGAGAUGCCAAAGAUGCCAGUUGUAGUUUUGCGGAGUCAGCCUUUAAUGAGCCUGGAGGCCUCUGUAUCGGUGAGGGUGGUCAGCUGUUAUAUGUAGCCGACACUAAUAAUCACCAAAUUAAAGUAAUGGAUUUAAAAGCAAGAACAGUUUCUGUGCUCCCAGUCUUCAAGUCUGACAGUGCUGUGGUAGACGGCUCCUUCCCUAGAGAGAAACAGAAGACAGUGCCCACAGUGCCGAGGUCUGCCCCGAGCAUUAGCCUCCCCCCUGUGACAGUGCAUCCCGGCCAGGCUCUGCAGCUCAAGCUCAAGCUGGGGCUUCCGUCAGGGGCAAAGCUGACCGAAGGCGCACCUAGCUGCUGGUUCCUGAGAGCUGAAGGCAAUGAAUGGCUUCUUCGAGAACAAAUCCCGUCUGGAGAAAUAGAGAAUAUUUCUAAUCAACCAGCAAUUUCCCUACAGAUUCCUACCGAUUGCUUGUCACUGGAGGCUGUGGUUUCUGUCAUCGUACUUCUUUAUUACUGCAGUGCAGACAGCAGUGCGUGCAUGAUGAAGGGAGUUGUGUUCAGGCAGCCUUUGCAGAUAGCCAGCACCCAGCCAGCUUGUACAUCUCCUGUAGAGCUCACGCACGUAUUCUAGAAAGCCGGCCAGCCCUCAGCACAGGCCCUGUCCAUCCUGCCGUCUGUCGUUCAGGGGAAAAAGCAUUAUAGAAAACCAUUGCUCAGUUGUAACAACUGAUACCAAAAUAAAGCUGUGCUCUCCUUAUUCAUAUUUUAGUUCUAAACAAAUGUCUUCAUUUUAGCUGUGCUAGCCGAGUCACUGACCAUCAUUAAACACAGCACUCUAAGCUUUGCUGUCACUUGACACAAGGUUCAAGUAACAAGGUUCAUGCUCUAUCAGAGAAUAUUAUAUUUGUAAUCAAAACUAAUCAUGCCAGAUAUUUUAAAUAACUUCUGCCUUUAUCAGUGGCAGUCAGCCAUUCCAUGUGUAAAUUUCCAGUAACUUUAGAAGGGCCUAAGCUGGGUACCUUUGUAUCAGGACACCUGUCAUUUAGUGUCUAAGGUCUGCUUAAAACUAGAACAAAAGUAGUCAUUCGGUAGGAGCUCAGAGAGCAUAGGAAUAGUUAUCUCCUGUGAUUUUUCUCACUUGAGAUAUUUUUAAAAGAGAGUUUUAAUCUAUUUUUAUUAUAAAUUAUUUGUUUUAAUGUUCCAUUAUUAAUGCCUUAUAACUUUAUAUAAAAAAGAAAAAACAUAUAGACUUUCUAAGGGCAUACAGCUAUUUUUUAAUGAGCAUAUUCCUAGCAGGCAAUGCCGAGAUCCCAGAAACAUGCUGACUUUGGGGGGAGUGGGUGGAGACUCUGCUAUGUUGCUGUGUAUGAUAAUUUAUUGUAAUGGUUGAGCUUGAUGUAAAUAAGUAUUAUGUUAUUUUGGAAAUUUACAUUUCAGUUUUAAGAGUUAAGUAACAAAAUUGUUGGGUUUGAGAUUUUUGUUAUUAUUUUGGUUCCAAUAUUUAGAAUUUAAAUUAUGAUCAUUAAUUCUGAUAUUUUGAAAAAUGACAUGUAAACCUUCAAUUUGCUAUUUUCAAUGUAAAAUAUUUUAAUGUAAUUGACGGGUAUAGUUAUACUAAUAAUAUACUCUCAUUUAAAAUAUUAGGGCUGAAACACACAGUGAUUUACUGAGACUGUUUUGAUAUUUGUUUUCUUUAAGCCCAAGAAACAGCACUGGAAGGGAUUUUGGAUAGAUUUGGUUUUCAUUGUUACUUAAUUAUCAUAGAUUAUCAUCGUAACUGUUUAAGAGCCUUGUUUUUCUAAAACAGUCAACAUACUUUUACUAAGAUUAUAAGAUUUCAGAAGCAUUAUUUGAGCCCUGCCUAUAAAUUCAAUAAGCGUCUGUAAAGGCUGCCUCCCUUCCCUCCACAGAAGUACUAGAUUUGAAGUGUAAUCAUUUGAAGCGUAGUCAAUCUGUUUACUGAUUGAUUUUUGAAGUAGUUUUUGAUAGGUAACAUUUGCUUGUUUUAUUGUUCAGUUAGUUAAAAAAAAAUCUGAAGUAAAAACUUGAUGACUUCAAUUAGUAACAUGCAAAAGCUAUUUCUCGGGAGCAGUGUGAAUGUAAAAGGGAAGGGUUGUUUAGAGUGACAUGUGGCUACCUCAGAAACCUUUGCUUCUAGAACCAGCCAGAGCAGAGGUUCCGCCACUACAGAGUGCAGUGAUGGUCUGUUGUGAGGUGGGGUAGAGUGUCCCAGCCCUGUGGAAUUUGUUGGAUUCCGCAUUUCCAGUUGGACUGGAUGAAAAUACUUUGGCUCAGUCAUUUCCUGUUUAAGGACAUAAACAGUUUUACUCUCUAAAACAGGGUAUAUACAGUUUAACUUGUGUGGUAAUUAUUUUUCACUCUGAAAACACAAGCAUGUAUUCCGUAGUUAGAAUCCCUUGGUUUUCCCUUUGCCUGGGUAGGCUCCUCCUUGAGUCUUCAGUGACUGAGAGGAUCGCAGGGAUGCACAGUGGCUGCACACCCCUCCCGCCUCUCCGCACUGCUGCUCACAUUAGAAGGUUAGUGGUGAUGGACAUAGACAAUCCCAAGUGAGCAGAGUACAUGGUUUUCUAGGAUCAGGAGUGACACAGAGUCUGACAGGAAGAAACACUGCAGAGUUUAGUUUUAACACUUCUGGAACUGCAGUGCCUUCUGUUUUCUCUGAGAACUUUUUAGUUGUUCUGUGACCUGUCUGCCUUGGGGCUCGUACCACUAAGAUAAGUUAUUCAGACCUAUUUUUUUUGCAGUGUUGGACAUUUGAGGGACAUAAUGACACAUAACUGUAGUUUUUCCACAUGUGCAGGAUUGACUGUGUCUAGCCAUUGAAAAGUCUUCAGUGUUUAAGACCAGUCACCAGAGCAGAGUUGUCAGCUCAUUUGGAAGAUGUUUCUUUGGCAUGUGCAGAGGUCCUGGGUUCAAUCCUCGGAGGUGGAGUUGGUAGUAAGCAAUGACAUAAAGCCACAUGCAGGGACUGUGCCACUGAAGCUCUACCUCUGUAUUCUCAAUGAUCAGUACUUUAAAGAAUAAUCUUCUCAAAGAUACUAAAAUAAUCCAUCUGAAUUGUAAACACUAAUAGCUUUUCUAAGGCCAUUUCUAUUACCAAAGAUGGGGGUCUACUUUAGAGUCCUUUUAUUUACCAGUUUCCUUUAAAGUUCGGGUUGGCGAGGACAGGGAUAAUUACGGUGUUUUAUUGUUUAGCACAGUAUACUGGCAGCAGUAUGGACUCUAGCUAAGUCCAGCCCUGUAAUGCAGGGCUACGGCUUGCUGCCAGGCUUCAGUGAAGUGCUCACGUGGCAUUUAGCACGAAGUAAUUUAUGAACUGCUACUUAUCAGUUUAGUUACUAAUAAUGAUAAUAAUUUAUGGCCACAGACAUGGGCUUGACAUUUUCUUCACAAUUCCAGUUUCUAAAGCAAAAUAUUGCUCCACCAUUUGACAUGUUGGUAGUCACAGUACAAGAAAAGGAACACUUUAUGGUAGAAUGUAUUACUGUUUCAUAAAAAAUAUUAUUUCUAAAGAAGCACCUCUCUACUGUAUUGAAUUGUUUGAAAAGACCUUCUGGAACAUUAAUGAGUAAAUUUUUUUUUCAUAGAGGAUCCAGACUUAGCUGGAGACACACUACACUCUUAACAACUUGUAAGAAUCUUCAAAUUAUAACCUGCGUACCCUGGGUGGUGCUCCCACCCCGGGGUGGUGCUCUCUGCAACCUUCAAAGUACUUGAGAAUAUUACAGACUAGGUAGGUGUGCAUGUUCCAGAAAAGGAAGCUGCUUUGGCAUGUUGGUAGCCUGUCUGGAGGUCUGAAAGCUCCUGAGUUAGUGCAGUUCCUAGAACAGAACCUAGUACGCAGGUGCUGGGUGUCCUUGCUGACUCAAGUGUGGCCAUGAGCGGCAGAGCUUGACUGAGGCUCUCCUACAGAAUGGAAAGUGGGACCCACCCCGGCCUCCAGGACGAGGAGAAGGUGGGGACCCACCCCACGCCUGCAGGACUAGGGGAACAUGAGGACCUACCCCAGGCCUGCAGGACGAGGGGAAGGUGGGGACUCAACCCAGGCCUCCAGGAUGAUGGCAGAAGCAUGCUUACAUUCUUUGAGUUCUUGCCACCCACUGGUUCUUUCCCAAGUACUUUGUGUGUGCUGACCACAUGUAAUCCUCACAACAGCCUUAGGAUGGAGGGUGGUCCUCAGCAAUCAAGAGCGUGCACUGAGGAAGUAGCAGAGCCUGGACAGUCGUCUGCACCACUGCCUGCUCUAUUGUCUCUCAGACUUUUAAGUUCACAUAUUUUAUACCUUUAUGGAGUAACAUCAAUCCAGAGGACUCCAAGAAACCUGGGAAUGAUUGUGAAAUUUAUUGAAAUUCAUUAAAGCCCACUUCUCAUAGAUUCUUAUCAUCUGGGCCUUGGGAUGGUAUAUAUAAUCAUUGGUUCCCAGAGGAUUUUCUGGGCCCUUGAUUUCAGUGACUAUCCAGUUUUUUCUUGGCAGGAAUAUGUGUAGACAUCCCAGUUAGCUCAACAGGACUGUCCCAGCAGCCCAUCAUAAGAACAUGGCUGGUGCAGGCUUGAGAAGUCUGCCCAUAUCUGACACAAUGUGUUUUGUGAACCAAGGUGAGGUGUGGAAGAGUAACGCCCUCUGCCUUCCUGCAGCCUUAGUGGUCUGGCGCGCAUGCACCCCAGUGACUCAGGAGUUGUUCCCGAAAUAAGCAUGGCAAUGUGAGAGAGACAAAGCGCCGUAUGGAUGCCAGUGGUGGUUUUAGGAGCAUCCCAGCGCUGCAUCUGUCCUUUGUGAAGUAGUGUGGUCAGGAAGCAGUACUGUGGUUCAGAGAGGAGCACACUGCCUGCAUCAGAAAUGCCAUCUGAUCUUGACCGACUGACAGCGGUCACACACCUUGAGACAGACCUCAGUGCUUAUCACCAAGAUUGCUUUUUCCAUCUGUGUUUCAAAGCUGACGUGAAGAAUUAGCACUCUCCCGAGUCACUGUUUUACCCUGGCUUAAUAAAGUUUUCUUUUCUCCAGUUUCUUUGUAAUAGGGUAAUAGAAUGGUCAUAAACAUUAGAGACUUGUAUUCAAGCCAUGUGCCAUUCUGUGGCUAAUCAACUUUGUCUCCUGCUUGUGCUGACUUGUGUAGGCUGGUGUCUCAGCUCUCAGGUGGCCGCUAUGGGCACACAGACUGGGCCAGAAUAGGACACAGCGCUGCUUGCAGGCUUUGCUAGAAUAGCUUUUCCCAUAGUGUGGUGCUUUGGUUUAAUCAUUGUCAGGGGUUAAAGUUGGAAAGCUAAAACCCUAGAUGGUUGUGGAAUGUGCAGCUAGGUGUAGUUACUCAUUGUCUGCUGUGUCCUUUCUUCCCCUUGUACGUCCUCCCAUGUGCCUAUGAACACUGCUCUUCACAGCCUCCUGACCCAAAGGAAAGAACCACAAGUACUUUCCAAUACACCUCCACCAGUGUCCACCUACGCUGUGGGUUAAAAAUGAGCACCAGACCUACACAUUGUACCAAACGUAUUCUGUGUCUGGCCUGGCUCAGAAGCGGACAAGAACAGUGUUGCUCUUUUAACGUGAAAUCUGAAGCUAUAAGUAUGGUCCUCAUAGGUUGCUGAAUUUCACGUGAAAUAAAAGGGAGUUGAAGACCCACCCUCUGAGACACGGACAGUGUAAAGAGAAUUUUUAUUAUUCGGUACCUAGUUUCAUGAGAAAAUAUGUUGAGAUAAAUAAGAUACAUAAAUUAUACCAAUGGGGUGAAAAUGCAUAAGUUCCUAGCAUGGCCACUGAGGUACUCAAAUGGGGACGUGUUGCAUUGAGAAUUUUCCUAAAAUUUCUAGUAACUUCUUAGUUUUCUAUGGCAGGGAACAGGACCCUGUGUGACUUCAGAUUGGCUUCUCUUUGAAGUAAGGCUUCCUCGCUGUACAUGGGCUGAUGGUGUAGCUUUAGGUCCUUUUGUAGGAAAUACUGUUACUGUCAUUAAUUUCUUCAUGCCUGUUACGGGAUUAAGACCUCCGUCAGUCUGUCAUUCCUUCAGGGUAUGCUUCAUAAAUGAUCACGUUAAAGACUCUUCCCAUCUUGUGUGGAUAAAUUAUGUCAUUUAGUUUGUGACCCUAGAGGUGGUCUUCUGUAAUGACGUUGUGCCUAAACAAUGCAGUGAAAAUCUAGUAUACAAGUUAAAACACUGGUAUUUCUAGACAUGGCUUAGUCCUGAAAGAAUUUCCUUGCUAUGCAUUUCAAACUGUAGAUGGAUUAAUAUAUUUUUAUGCAAUGUAUUUUUACACUUAUUUCUAGACCAAACUCUUCAGCGGCUUCUUCAAGUGCAUUAUUGGGUGGCUAAGAGCUUGACAGCCUCACUAACCCAGGAGUGUGGAGCCGAGGGUCUGGGAAGCGCGAGUGUGUUUCUACUGUACUUGCAAAUUAAAGCUCUUCCAAAGCUUUGUACUUGUUUUUCAUGAAACAGAUUAAAUAUUUUUCUCUUCA